UGGAAAGGUGAGAUCCAGGAAUUUUGUCCCAAUACCAAGAUGCUGUUGGUUGGCUGCAAGUCUGAUCUCCGGACAGAUGUCAGCACAUUAGUGGAGCUCUCAAACCAUAGGCAGACUCCGGUGUCAUAUGAUCAGGGGGCAAACAUGGCCAAGCAGAUCGGAGCAGCCACUUACAUCGAAUGCUCAGCUUUACAGUCAGAAAACAGCGUCAGAGACAUUUUUCACGUCGCCACCUUGGCGUGUGUAAAUAAGACAAAUAAGAACGUUAAGCGGAACAAAUCACAGAGGGCCACCAAGCGGAUUUCACACAUGCCUAGCAGACCAGAACUCUCGGCAGUUGCUACGGACUUACGGAAGGACAAAGCAAAGAGCUGCUCCGUGAUGUGAGGCUUCGCGGUCUUCAGUGAGGACACAGGAAUCUGGUGUAAAAAAAAAAAAAAAAAAAAAGAAAAGAAAAGAAAAAGAUAAAGCAAAAAGUAGAAAAUUAAAAAAAAAAAAAAAAACAAAAAAAAAAAAACAAGCGCGAAACGAAAAGGUGGAGUCAAAUGAAGUGCACAGCCAAAGUCGCGCAGACGCAGGCUUAGGAGGCCCUUGAAAGGAUGCCAGGUUUUUGGAAUCCCGUCCUUAGCUUCGGCAUGUAGACCGAGUGGUGAGAAGUGAAAACAUUGAAGAGUUUUGAAGUGUGACUUGAAACAAAUAUGCCAAA